AUGGUCGGAGCUGGCGGUAUCGGAUGCGAACUCCUCAAAAACCUCGUCCUUACAGGCUUUGGUGAAGUCCAUAUCGUCGAUCUUGAUACAAUUGACCUGAGUAACCUAAACCGACAAUUCCUCUUCCGCUACGAGCACAUCAAGAAGUCCAAGGCUCUGGUUGCCAAAGACGCGGCACAGCCCUUUAACCCCAAGGUCAAGAUUGUUGCGCACCAUGCGAACAUCAAGGACUCCCAGUUCAACGUCAACUGGUUCCGGGGCUUCAACAUCGUUUUCAAUGCUCUGGACAAUCUUGAGGCAAGACGACAUGUCAACAGAAUGUGCCUCGCCGCCGACGUUCCCCUGAUAGAGAGCGGCACGACUGGGUUCAACGGCAACGUCCAGGUCAUCAAAAAGGGAGUAACCGCAUGCUACGACUGUACCCCUAAGGAGACACCCAAGUCCUUCCCGGUCUGCACUAUCCGGAGCACGCCGAGCCAGCCUAUACACUGUAUUGUUUGGGGCAAGAGCUACCUGCUCAACGAGAUUUUCGGGACAAGCGAAGACGAGUCCGCUUUCGACAACUCAGCCGAUGCCGACGACGCCAAGGAGAUUGAGGAACUGAAGAAAGAGGCCGCCGCUCUUAGAACGAUUCGCGAAUCACUGGGCACCGAAGCCUUUCCUCAGCUCCUCUUCGACAAGGUCUUCAGCGCCGAUAUUGUGCGAUUGGCGUCCAUGGAAGACAUGUGGAAGUCUAGGCGGAAGCCGGAGGCCCUCGACUUCAAGACUCUAUCUGAGCAGUCGACAGACGCCCUUGCAUCGAAGGACGAAAUCCUCAACGACGGACAAAGCGUGUGGUCAUUGGAGCAGAAUUUUGCAGUUUUCAUCGAUAGCCUGGACCGGCUGAGCAAGCGGAUGCAGGAGCUGAAGAAGGCUCACAAAGACGCAUCUGGGCCGGAGCCUCUGAUCACCUUCGACAAGGAUGACGAGGACACAUUGGAUUUCGUCACAGCCAGUGCCAACAUCCGAUCAUCCGUCUUCGGUAUUGAGCGCAAGUCUCGCUUCGAUGUCAAGCAGAUGGCUGGCAACAUCAUCCCAGCCAUCGCGACAACCAAUGCCAUCGUCGCAGGCCUUUGUGUUCUUCAGUCGUUCAAGGUGUUGAGAGGCGACUUCACUCAGACUAAGGAGGUUUUCAUCUCUCCUCAUAAUCCUGCUCGCCUGCUCAAUUCGAGCAAGUACCGGGCCCCCAACCCGGAUUGCCCGGUAUGCAGCGUAUAUCAGACAAGCGUGUCCGUCGACUUGUCUAGAGCCACGCUCAAGGAUCUUGUCGAGGACUUUGUGCGUCUGGAACUUGGCUACGGCGACAAGGAGUUUGCCGUGAACAACGACGCAGGCCCGCUCUACGAUCCGGAUGAGACGGAAAACCUAUCCAAGAAGCUCAGCGAUCUUGGCAUCAAUGAAGAUACUUUCCUCACCGUCAUCGAUGAAGAUGAUGAAGAGCCCUUCGUCAACGUCGUCAUCAGUAUCCAGGAAUCCAAGGAGCCCUCGGCCGACAAACCUGUCAAGGGCUUGGUUGUGGAUCAGAAACUCGAGAUUCCUCGUAAGCCCAAGAAGCAGGCCCCCGCGGAGUCGAACGGUACAGGCGAGCAGAGCGGUAAGCCCGCCGUUGAUGUUGAAGGGGAAUCGAGCAACCUCAAGCGGCCUCGUUCGGACGACGGCGACGAGCCGAUUGAAGCGAAGAAGGCCAAGGUUGCCCCAACAAACAACGACGACGUGGUCGUCGUGGAUGAUUCGACAGGUGGAGCCAUCGUCAUUGACGACUGA